AUGAAAGAUGGGAGGAAAGUUACCCUAACACCUCUUUCUCCCAAGGAAGUGUAUGAUGAUCAAUGUAAGAUUGAAAAAGAGAGAGUGGAGGCUGAAAAUGCAAAGAACAUACUUGUACCACCUAAAAGUGGUAAGGAUAGUGGCAUUGAGCCUAGUGAGAAAUCCAAGAUGAAAAAGGGUAGUUUCUUGGCUAGGGAAAGUGAUAUUAGGCAUGCGUUGCAUACUAAUAGAGUAGUGUUCUUGAUUACUUGUAAAGAUGUUUGUUUGAACACUACUAAUGCACUUGAUCUUGCCUUGCCAAGAAAGUUUGUUGAUUUGUUGCAAGAGUUUGAUGAUGUGUUUCCUAAGGAGAUGUCGAGUGGUUUACCACCUAAAAGAGGAAUAGAACAUCAAAUAGACUUUGUGCCAGGGACUGCCACACCAAAUAGACCAGCCUAUAGAAGUAAUCCAGAGGAGACAAAGGAGCUUCAAAGAUAA